AGGAGGUCGUUUCAGGUGUGUCAGCAGGAGGAAAAAAAGCGACUGACGUUUGAAUCGCGCUUUUACGACUGCAGACCUUUUUAACAAGUUUUAGGUUCAGGAUCUUUAACUUCGCAACUUUUGUGGGAAAAGUGACGACUUACGAACGAGGAGGUGUCCUUUGGACUUCAGUGGGAGCCUUUUCUUUUGGGACAUGCAUUCCGCCAGAUAUGAAUACGACGGCCGUAAUGGCCGUCAUGAGCAGAUUGACUUCUUGACCAACAAAGAGAAGGCGCCAUCAAAGCGGAAGACCGGCAUCCUGAUUGGCGUUCUUGCGGCUCUUCUCAUCCUUGCGGCUGUCGCAGCGUUCCUCAUUUGGCUGUUUGUCUUUAAAGAUGCUGAUUCAAAGGCCACCUUCAGUAAGAAGCUCAGUCCAUCAGAGCUGGUCUUCAGUGGACAUAUGAAGUUGGUUGGCGUAAAGUAUGACCAGAAGCUGGAGAAUACUGAGAGCAAGGAAUUCAAGGAUUUGGCAGCCAAACUGGAGGCAACUCUGGGGGAAAUCUACAAGAGAGACCCACUCCUGGCAGAGUACUACGCCACGUCUGUGGUCACUGCUUUCAGCGAGGGGGUGAUAGCCUACUACUGGUCCCAGUUCGACAUUCCAGUCAAAGACCUGGAGCUCGUGCCCGAGUUCUCAGAGGAGCUGGUGCUGGAGACGCUGGAGAAUGGCAUUAAGGCGCAGCGCAGUACGGCGAGCCGCAACCAAAUCCAAAUCAGUGAAGUCACUGCCUCAUUCACAGAUCCUCGCAUGGCCAGGCGCCCCACAGCCAACCAGUGUUUCUUCCGUCUGGAGGCCGAAGCAAGGGCACAGGAGUUUACAUCACCCGGGUUCCCUGGAGGCUACCCACCCAGGUCUCGGUGUCAGUGGCAAAUCAGAGCUUCAGAGGACAAUGCCAUAUUUGUCACUUUCCCCUUUUUCCACAUCGAGGAUGACUGCUCUGAUGACUUUGUCUCCAUCUAUGACUCUUUGAGUCCAGAUGAUUCUCAGGCCAUUACAGAGAAAUGUGGCCAGAGGCCCCCCUCCAACCCUCUGGAAGUGGUGUCAUCCGGCAACAUCAUGCUGAUUAACUUGAUUACUGACAGUGUUGUCCAGAGGCCUGGCUUCAGUGCCAAGUAUAAGGCCAUACCCAAGUCUUCUGUGAAAACCUGCGGUGGCGUCCUCACUCAAGACAAUGGCGUCUUCACCUCCCCGCUCCACCCCAGCUUUUAUCCUCCUGCCGUGGACUGCAAGUGGACCAUCAAGGUCCCUGCCGGGAAGAAGGUGCGGCUGAGGUUCACCAUGUUCCGCAUGAAAGAGCCUGGGGUGGACAUCCGUGUGUGUCACAAAGACUAUGUGGAGGUUAUGGACACAAAGUAUUGCGGGGAAAUGUCCUCCUUGGCUAUAACCAGUCGCACCAACGUCCUGGAAGUGAUGUUCCAUUCCGACGAGUCCUACACUGACAAAGGCUUCAGUGCCGAGUACAGCGCCUACGAUCCUUCAAACCCUUGCCCGAACAAGUUCGCCUGUGCCUCUGGCAUCUGCAUCGCCAAUGAUCUGAAGUGCGAUGGCUGGAACGACUGUGGGGAUAUGAGCGACGAGAUGAAGUGCCAGUGCGAGAAGGACCAGUUUUCGUGUAAGAAUGGCCUGUGCAAACCGAAACUCUGGGUGUGCGACCGCGUCAAUGACUGCGGAGACUGGAGCGACGAGAAACAAUGCAGUUGUGAGGAGAAUGAGUGGCGCUGCAGUGACGGGGAUUGUAUGCCUCAGGAUGUUGUGUGCGACGGCAAGAGGGACUGUGAAGAUGGAAGCGACGAGGCCUCUUGUAAAACCUCUCCAGGUAUCUGCUCCGACUUCAGCUUCAAGUGUAAGAACAACGAGUGUGUCAACAAGGUGAAUGCCGAAUGCGACCGCGUCGACGACUGCUCCGAUAACUCGGACGAGGCCGGCUGUAAUUGUGGCACCAGGCCCUAUAAGCUGAACCGCAUCGUAGGAGGGCAGAACGCUGAGCUGGGGGAGUGGCCCUGGCAGGUCAGCCUUCAUUUCCUGGUCAACGGGCAUGUUUGUGGCGCCUCGAUCAUAUCUGAGAGGUGGCUCCUCUCGGCUGCCCACUGCUUUGUCACCAGCGACCCAGCGAACCAUGUUCCAUCCAGCUGGCAAACCUACAGUGGCAUGCAGCAACAGUACAAGCAGGAUGGCGUACAGCGCCGCCCAUUGAAGAGGAUCAUCUCCCACCCGGAUUACAACUCAAUGACCUUUGACUAUGACAUUGCACUGCUGGAGCUCAGCGAGCCGCUGAAGUUCGCCAACACCAUCCAACCCAUCUGCCUACCCUCUUCCUCCCACGUCUUCCCUGCGGGCAUGUCCUGCUGGGUCACAGGCUGGGGCGCACUCCGAGAAGGAGGUCAAGCGGCACAGAUGCUGCAGAAGGCCUCGGUGAAAAUCAUCAACGACACAGUGUGCAACGUGGUCACGGAGGGCCAAGUCACCUCCAGGAUGCUCUGCAGUGGCUUCUUGGCUGGAGGAGUUGACGCAUGCCAGGGAGACUCUGGGGGCCCCCUGGUGUGUUUCGAGGAGAGUGGGAAGUGGUUCCAGGCCGGCAUCGUGAGUUGGGGUGAGGGCUGUGCUCGUCGGAACAAGCCCGGCGUCUACACGCGCGUCACCAAGCUGAGAGACUGGAUCAGGAAGGAGACAGGGAUUUGAUGAUGCUGCACGGAGCAGGGAGGGUUGCAGAGCGGGGUGCAACGUCAACGUGCUAAAAAUAAUGGAGACAGAACAUUUGAGUCCGAUUCAGGACAAGGCUCUCCAAAAUUUAUUCAUUUAGCAGCAGACUGAGGAUGCUGCUGCGUGGACCCAGCCACUCACAUGAAUGACUACAGCACUUUAUUUGGUUGCCAACCCCCUUUUUCCUCACUCCUCGUACUCACUCACACGCAUACAAACCACACCCGACUCAUAUUUUUACAGUUUUUAAAGGCGUUAAUCAGCACAGUGUCUUUUACCCCCAUCAAUCCUAUAUAUAUAUAUAUUUCAGUAAAAUAUUUCACACUUGAAUGAGUACAAAUAAUGAAAUAUGUAUGUUCUGGGAUGAGUGCACAUUACUGGGAGCUAUUUUCCCAAUAUUUGACCGAUGUAACUUUUUAAGAUGGAUGCAGAAUAUAAACAUUCUACACAGUUUUUCUGGAUGUAUUUUUGAAUACAGUGUAAUAUAAUAUAAAGUACUUUGAGUUUUUAAGCAUUUUUAUUGAAUACUUUUAAACAGGUGAGAUGUCUUUAUCCUCUGGGGCUGCAGUGAAUGUUGCACUUUGCCAGUGGGCUCAUGCUGUCGAUAGCUAUGAAUCUGGGUUUUUGUUUAUCAAGGAUCUUUAUCUAAGUGCCAUAACGCUGUUUUUAGCGUAUUUGCCUCACAACACUCAUACAUUACUGCCAUUUUCCAAAGCAUAGCAUAGGUUGUUGAAAUUGAUUAAAGAAUUUUUGAUCUACCUUUCUGCCAGGCAGCCAUUAGUCUCAGUUCUUCACAGCAAAGUGUAAACAUAGACUCGCAGAGACAUCUGCUUUACCAUGUGAUGAUAACAGAAAAACAAAAACAAGAGAAUGAGGAAAAAAGACUGCUCAGAUCUAUGCAGGGGCAUUUUCAUAUCAUGCUAAAAUGAAUGAAAACCAGAAGCUGCCUGCGAGGUAGAAAAUGCAUUAAUCAAUCUGAAAGCCCACGGUUUGCUUUGGAAAAUGGCCAGCAGUAAUGUUAAGUAUACCAGAUUUGUAGACUGUGGACUGAAACAUGCGAAAACACCCAUCAUGGUCCCUGAAGAAUGUUGAUGUGAGACUGGAGUGAUGCUGGAGUUGUUUUAAGUUGUUGUAGAUCUGAACAGGGGUCUUGGAUCGGUAUUUCUAUCACAUGUUUACAGAUGCUUAUUGGCCCCGGCCCUCUGUGAAUGAUUUGCCAAAGUGUGAUAUUCGGAGCAGAGGAUGAGGAUUAGAUCCAGCUGGCUUUUGCACGGGUCUUAAGCUCAGGGGGAUUGGGGUCUUCAGUCACACACACCUGAGAGCCAAAGCAAACCGAUGGGGUUUUGAGUUGCUGCCAGAGCAAUGCAAUGAGUUCUUAUCCCCGCGAGAGUUUCCUCUCUGUGGUCACAUCCAACUCAAUCAACUUUUAAGUCUUAAGAUUUGACCGAAUGGUUUCUUUAAACCUUUUAUCUCUGAUUUAUCCUGGAAAUGUUGUCUCCUGGAUAAGCAAACCAAAGAUUUGCUCAAGUAUUAUUUAAUGAAGGGGAAGUUUUUCAGAAGAAACUUUAUCGAGGACAUUGCUCAGCCUUUUUUUUUUAUGAUUGAUUUUAUAGAGGUUUACAGUUUAACUCAGACAGUUGGGAGAGGCAACAACUUUAACUUAGAAGAUAUUUUCAUUAUCACUGAUGUGAUCUGGAUCCUGGACAUAACUUUAGAACUUUUCUUAUUUUGUGUGUGUUUGUAUAUGUUUUUAUACGAGUCAUGACAAUAAACAUCUUUUAUCUGAUUCCUCAGCACCUAAUUGCAUUACCUGUAUUGUUUGUCUUUGAUGAGGUCUCGUUCUGUAUUGUGUUGUGCAUAAUAAAUGCGUGUCUUGUGA